ACAUCUAUGGUUGGAACACGGGCCUCACUCUUAUCGAUCCUUAAAACAAAUGCCAAUUUGUUACAUUUGACAGCGAUCUGUAAAUUUACAGAGUAUGCUGAGUUAUAUUUUACAAGCUUGUGAUUGGUGAAAUCUUUAGUGGCGUCAAGCAGCAUUUGUUACAGUUGCCCUUUGUUACAAUUGCACUUUGCAUUAUUUAUUAUUCAAUGACGAGAGCUGCCAAACGAAAAUUUCGUAAUCAGUGAAAUUUCUUAGUCAGUGCAAAAUAGUUCUUAGACAAAAACGUAUUCCAACUUUAAAAUUUAUAUCAAUUUUUUAUGUUUUGAAAUCUUCAGGAACUAUUGUACAUGGUUUUUACAUGGAAUAUUUGUGAUUGUGUACUAAAGUGUAUUCUGGAAUAUAUAAAGAAACGUUCUGAAAAAACGUUAAACAGAGAGUAUAGAACAUUUCUUCUAAAUUAAGAAUACUUUUGCAUGUGUAUAAAGAAAUAAAAAAACUUAUAAAAUGCCAAAGGUAACAAAAUUUAAAGAUUUAUCUCCUAGGCAACAAAAUCAAUGUUUGUUGCUUGCAAAGCAGAAUAGUGAUGAGCAUAAUUAUAAUACAAAAUGUAUGCCAAAAGAACAAAAUUUAAAUAUAAUAGAAACAUGUAGAAUCAAAGUUGAGCCCACAUACACGCCAGAUACAGAAAAAGCAGAAAAUGUUGAAUGUAUCGAAGAAUUUUAUAUAACAUAUAACAAUACAAAGAAACAAGAUACUUUACAACAUCGAUUACACAAUUGGGCUACGGAUUGUAACGUCACUCAAAAAUCUUUAAUGGCGUUAUUGAAUAUUCUACGGGAAGAAAGUCACAGUGAAUUGUCCAGUGACACCAAUAAUAUAAAACUGGAAAAACAUUUACCAGAAAGUAUCGAUGUGGCAUCAUCUUCUACUUACAUACCAGCAUUCAAUAAAUUGAGUAAUCAUAUUGAGAAACAAAAUGAAAAUAUCAACAAUGUGAUAUGGCUUCCUUCAACUAGCAAGGAGGUAGAGUUUGACGAUAUUAAUAAUGUCAAUGACGUCCAUGACGUUUUAGAUAUUAAUGAUGUCAAUGUUAAUAAUAUCAGUGAUGUUAAUAAUAUCAAUGAUGUCAAUGGUGUCAAUAAUGUUAAUGACAUCAAUAAUGUUAAUGACGUCAGUAAUGUAAAUGAAACACAACGUGAUAAAUGCCAUACUUGUUGCGAAGCAUGUCGUACAACACAAAAAACAAUUAUGAAAAAAUUAGACUACAUCAUACAUCUACUUGAUAAGGAUGCUGAGUAUGCUACAAAUAAUGAAUGUAAACCACAAUUAUUACCUACCUUACCCUUGGCGACUGUUGAAGAUUUUUUUAAAUUUGAAGAGGAGCUUCAACAAAAUAAAGAAGUUAGAAAACAUUUUAAACAUAAAAUUGCAAAAGUUGGAGGCAAAAUGUAUAAAAAUAAGACCAGAAAUAUCAUGAAAUAUUUUAUCCAUGAUAACGUAUCAAAACAAAUGUCGUGGACGGGCCAAAAAGAUUCGAUGGCUAUAAGAAAUACUGUAUUUGCUAGCAUUAUUAUAGAUUAUAUUACCAGUACAGAAGAAUGCAGUCUAUAUCAGGUGCAGAAAGUGAUCCAAGAAUGGUUGCGGCAUGCGGGAGAUCGUCUGAAUUAUUUAUUAAGAAAAUAAAAACAAUACAAUAAAUAUCAUGAUAUUAUUUUAUUUUCUUUGUGACAAAGUUAUAAGGAUUAACUGCAUGAAACAUUAUAUAAAUUGUUCUUAUAACGCAAGUAAAAUGUAAGGAAUUGACUUUAUUUAAGUUACUACUGCUGAUUAUAUUUUAGUUGGAAAGAUUUAUACUUUUUUUAUUGAGUGUUGGAAAAGAAAAAAUAUAUUACUCAUAUUAAUAAUAAAGUAUCUGGUUGUAAAUAUUUGUAUGAUUGUAAAUAUGGUUGUUAACAAUUAAUGCAACAUUAAUGCAAUUAAAAUAUAUGCAAUAGUGAAUGGAAUACAGUGAUUAUGUUUUUAUUAGCAAUAAUGUUCAA